AUGUACCCAGCAUCUGGUUCUGAGUUUCUCACACUAGCUGGAUCAGAUCAUGCACCAGUAAUUAUUGACAUUGCAGAGGAAAUCCAGAUAAAGAGAGGCCAGUUCCGUUAUGAUCGACGUUAUUCAAGGUGUGAAGAUUUUAUUGCUUCAGUCCACAGAGGUUGGUCCCGAGGAGUAAUUGAUAACUCAGGAGGAUUCCAAAAUAAGCUCAAGAUGUGUCGAAAAGAACUAUCACAGUGGAAGAAACGGAAUAAAACGAAUUCUGCAGAGUUGAUACAAAGCCUUAAAGCUCAGUUGGAUGCAGCAGAACGAAAUCACGCAACAUCUAUUCAGGAUGUCCAACAACUAAGACGAAAGCUAAACCAGGCUUAUCGGGAUGAAGAAACACAUUGGAAACUAAAAAGCAGAAACAAAUGGCUGAGUGAGGGAGAUUGGAACACCAAGUAUUUUCAUGCUUCUUCCAAGCUUCGCAAAUCUCGUAACCGCAUCAAAUCUCUUAUUGAUGAAAAUUGGAUUGAGCACUUCCGCGACAGUGCUAUCGGUAAAGUAGCAGAAACAUACUUUCAAAACCUCUUUACGGCAACUCAAAGCACAUAA